AUGGGAAACCAAAGCAGCAGAAUCAGUGACCUGCUUUUACGAGCCCUCGACAACCUUUCUCAGGAAGACUUGAAAAGAUUUAAAGACAAACUAUCACAUUCUGACUUUGAGGGGAAAGGUAACAUCCCCCGAGGUCGGCUGGAGAAUGCCGACAGGAUAGAUACGAAGAACCUCCUGAUGGAAUUCUAUAGUGGAGAUGCUGUGGUAGAUGUAACCAUAGACGUUUUCACUCAGAUCGACCUCCGAGAGUCUGCUGCAAAACUCAGAGAAGAAAGAGAGAAAGGUAAGAGACAUAAAGUUACUGUAAAACCUGAUAGUUACAAGAAGAAGUAUAAAGAAGAUAUUAAAAAGAAAUACAAGCUAAUAAAAGACAUGAACAGUCGUUUUGGUGACUAUAUGAUUCUAAACAGAAGAUACACAAACCUGACUAUUGUAGACAGACCUCGUCAGGCAAAGGAGAGAGAACAUGAAAUAAUGGCCAUGGGAUGGAGACAUGCAGAAGUCAUGACUGAACGAGCUAGUUCUGCAGUUACACUGGCCACCCUCUAUAAACCUGAUAAAGAUGGACAAACACCACAAGUCGUUGUGCUGCUGGGAGCUGCUGGGAUUGGGAAAACAAUGACUGCAAGAAAGAUCAUGUACGAUUGGGCAGCUGGGGAACUCUAUAAGGAAAAGUUUGAUUAUGUUUUCUACAUAAACUGCAGGGAAAUGAACCUUCUUAAUGAGCAGGGAAGUGUGGCUGACAUGAUUUUUAAAAGUUGGCUUAAUACAAAUGCACCAGUUAACCACAUUCUGGUGAAUCCAGAAAAACUCUUGUUCAUAAUAGAUGGGUUCGAUGAACUGAGAUUUUCCUUUGAUCAGCCUAAAGAUAAUCUGUGCACUGAUCCCUGGGAGAAGAAGCCAAUGGAAAUCAUCCUGAGCAGUUUAUUUAGGAGAACAGUUGUUCCUGAAUCCUACCUGAUGAUCACUACAAGACCAGCUGCCCUGGAGAAACUCGGGCAAUGUUUGGAAUGUUCACGUUAUGCAGAGAUCCUGGGGUUUUCUGAAGCUGAGAGGGAGGAAUAUUUCCACAAGUUCUUUGGAAAUGAAAACCAAGCAAGACAAGCUUUACAAUUUGUGAAAGCAAAUGAAAUUCUUUUCACCAUGUGCUUUGUCCCCUUCAUAUGUUGGAUCAUCUGCACGGUUCUGAAACAACAGCUUGAAAAAGGUGAGAAUCUCACACAAACUUCAAAAACAGUCACUGGAGUGUAUAUGCUCUACCUUUCCAGUUUAGUCAAGCCUCUCAGCAACAAUACGAAGAAACACUUGCAUGGAAAUCUGAGGGGACUUUGUUCCUUGGCUGCUGAUGGAAUCUGGAAGCAAAAGAUACUGUUUGAGGAAGAAGAAAUCAAGAAGUUCGGCUUAGAUCAAGAAAACUCUCUCCCUCUCUUUUUGAAUGAGAAUAUUUUUCAAAAAGAAACUGACUGUGAAUGUCUCUACAGCUUCAUUCACUUAAGCUUUCAGGAGUUUUUUGCAGCUUUGUUAUAUGUCCUGGCGGAAGAUGAAACAACAGAUUCAGGGAUUCCAAAGAAAGAUGUGAAAACUUUGUUAGAAAACUAUGGAAACUCUAAAAAUUAUUUAAUGUUAACAGUGCGAUUCCUGUUUGGGCUCUUAAAUGAAGAAAGAAUGAAGGACCUGCAGGAAAAAUUUGGGUGUAAACUUUCACCUAAAAUUAAGGCAGAUUUAUUGAAGUGGGUUCAAGCAAACCAACAAACAGAUUUAAUCUUGCCCUGUGUUCGUGAGGGGAUUUAUCAAAGUUAUCAGCUUGAGUUGUUUCACUGUGUAUAUGAGAUGUAUGAAGAAGAUUUUGCAGUUAAUGCAUUGGAUCACUUCACUGAACUGAAAUUAAAUCAAAAGAAAUUUACCCAGAUGGAUCAAAGGGCUCUUUCAUUCUGUGUAAAGCAUUGUCAUAGUCUGGAGUCACUUUGUAUAUAUGACUGUACAUUUAGUUUAGAAGACCAUGAGGAAAAACUCCCAAGACGACAAAAGUGGCUAUAUCAGAAACAACGUCAGGGUAAGCCAAAACAUUCGCCUAUUUACCUACUCUGUCAAGCACUGAAGGAUCCAAACUGUAAAUUAAAGAAACUAGAGUUUUGUGAUUGCCAUUUGACAGCUGCUUGCUGUGAGGCUCUCUCCUCUAUUCUUGGUACCAAACAGACCUUGGUUGAGUUGUGCCUGGCAGGAAACAGCCUGGGAGAAUCAGGAGUGAAGCUGCUGUGUGAGGGACUGAAGCAUGCAAACUGCAAACUGCAGAAACUGGGAUUGAAGGCUUGUAAACUCUCAGCUGCUUGUUGUGGGGAGCUCUCUUCUGCUCUCAGCAACAACCAGUUGCUGACAGAUCUGGACCUGAGUAAUAAUCAACUGGGAGCCAUGGGAAUGCAGCUGCUGUGUGAAGGACUGAAACAGCCAAACUGCAAACUGCAGAGACUAGUGUUGAGAUUUUGCGGUCUCACAGGCGCUUGCUGUGGGGAUCUCUCCACUGUUCUCAGCACCAGCCAGAGCCUGACAGAGCUGGACCUCAGUUAUAAUUUUUCUCUGGGAGAUGUUGGAGUUCAGCUGCUAUGUGAGGGACUGAAACAUCCAAACUGCAAAUUACAGAGACUGGGGCUGGAGGGGUGCAGACUCUCAGCUGUAUGUUGCGGGUUUCUCUCCUCUGCUCUCAGCACUAGCCAGGCCCUGGCAGAGCUGAACCUUUGGGGGAUGAAGCUGGGAGAUUCAGGACUGCAGCUGCUGUGUGAAGGACUGAGAAAUCCCAACUGCAAACUGCAGAAAAUACUGUUGGGGAGUUGCAGCCUCACAGCUGCUUGCUGUGGGGAUCUCUCCACUAUUCUCAGCACCAGCCAGAGCCUGACCGUGCUGGAACUGGCGGAUAACAAACUGGGGGAUUCAGGCGUGCAGCUGCUGUGUGAGGGAUUGAAACAUCCAGACUGCAAACUACAGAAACUAGUACUGGGGUAUUGUGAUCUCACAGUUGUUUGUUGUGAGGAUCUGUCCUCUGUUCUUAGCACCAGCCAGACCCUGACAGAGCUCGGCAUAAGGUGGAACAACCUAGGAGAUUCAGGAGUGCAGCUGCUGUGUGAAGGAUUAAAACAUCCAAACUGCAAAUUACAGAUACUGCAACUGAGUGGUUGCCAUUUCACAGCUGCUUGUUGUGGGGAUCUCGCCUCUGCUCUCAGCACCAACCAGACGCUGACAGAGUUGAUUCUGGGAGAGAAAACAAUGGACAAUUCAGGUGUGAAACAGUUGUGUGAAGGACUGAAACACCCAAACUGCAAACUGCAGAAACUGGGCUUGAGCAGUGUCAAUGUAAAUGAAGACACACAGAGAGAGCUAGAUGCUGUGAAAAAGAGGAAACCUGAUAUGAUCAUACGUAUAUGGAAGAAUUGGUGA